AACAGUAUCUAUCUUCUAUUUAUGGAUCCCCCCUCCCACCUCCUCCCUCGACCCCCCCCCUCUCUUCCCAGACUGACGUCAGCAGAAAGUUAUUUUCAUGAAUGGAGGGGGCGGUCACGAGGAAUCGGUGACGUGAGUGCUUGCGGAAGCAGCGCGUGGAAUGUUGGUACAUUGUUGUUGUUUUUUAGUUAAUUUAGUACGAGGAUACGCCGCCGCCGUCCGCUCCACGCGCUACACCCGCCGUGUCACGUUUAACCGGGACCCGCGCGCGACCGACACCGACUCCCGGCAACAUUCACGCAACUCCCGGGUCCACAGAGGAGUCCGUCCACAGAGUGUGUCUUCUGUGAGAUUCUGGUCACUCGUCUGCAUGCAGGGAAUGACGACUCAUUUCAAGACGAGCAAAGCUUUAAAGGUCAAGAAGGAGGCGGGGGAGAAUGCUCCGGCGCUCAGCGACGACGAGCUGGUGGCCAUGUCCGUGCGGGAGCUGAACCAGCACCUGCGCGGACUCACCAAGGAGGACGUGGUGCGGUUGAAGCAGCGGCGGCGGACCCUGAAGAACCGCGGCUACGCCGCCAGCUGCCGCAUCAAGCGCGUCACGCAGAAGGAGGAGCUGGAGCGGCAGAAGACGGAGCUGCAGCAGGAGGUGGACAAGCUGGCGCGCGAGAACGCCAGCAUGAGGCUGGAGCUGGACGCCCUGCGCGCCAAGUACGAGGCCCUGCAGUGCUUCGCCCGGACAGUGACGCGGGGGCCCCUGUCGCCGGGCAAGGUGGCCACCACCAGCGUCAUCACCAUCGUCAAGUCGGCCAACCACAACAACUCCAGCCCCGCCCCGUUCUCGGCCCCCUCCUAGUGCCGACGGGACCGGGCUCCUGGCUCCGACCCGGCCCGAACCCACUCCCACCCCCCCCUCCUGCGCUGAGAGGACGCUCGGCCGUUAGACUGAGGGAGGCGGCGAGGGGGCCGGCUCUAUGUGACGUUGUGCUGCAUUCACCAUUCUGUCUCCCUUCUUCUGUCGUCCUCACACACCCUACAUUGUCUGUGCACUGUGUAACUCCCCCCUCCUCCUGACCCCUGACCCCCAGCGCCGGCAGGUCACUGGGCCUCUGAACACAGAGAUUCACUCCAGCAGAAAGUAUUGGACACCUGACGACUUUCAAUGUUCUAAAACACCCGAGACUGAAGUAGCUCUAUCCUCGAAGCCUUUUUGCCAAAUGUCCUUAUCUGACCAAGCGUCUCAACGUGAGCGGAGCCUUUCUGAAGCCUUAAAUAGUGACGUCUCCUGCUCUCCAGCCAGACGCCUCCGAGGAACCGUCCAAACACAACACCAGAUGUUUCCACCGAUACGUUCCGCUUCUCUUUUAGGAGGUGCGAAGCAGUAAAAAUUGUUUUGGUUGAGUGAAAACCAGCCGAAACGCAGCCGUCCGGGGCAAGAGGCUGGAACAGUGUUGAGCUACGAGAGGUCAUCAGAAACCUGCCUGGGGAGGUCAAGAAGGUGAGGUGCCUUAUCCUACUAUCCCUCUGAAGAAGUUUGGAUUAAAAAGACCAACAGUUGCAGAUUAUAUAUUGAGAGUUACCAAAACGUUCAGAUCAGCAGCGUCUAACUAGUUGAUGGUGUCAGAUAGCAGCUUUUCACAGAAAGUUUCCAUGAAUGUUCCUCCAUGGGUCUAAUUUAGUAUUUUGAGAGCUAUUCUCUGCCCGUCCUGGACUAUACCGACUCCCAUUGCAACAGGUUAUUAAAGAUUUGUGCCUUUUCUCUGCUGGAGAGGACUGGAGGACAUGUCCGCAGGGGGUCCGAGUCACGUUGGUCCGAUUAUAAAGAGGCGUCUUCGGUGCAUUCUGGCAUUGAUGAAAUAUACUAUUUCAGAUUGUUUGCUUAAAAAAAAAAAAAAAUGCUGGGCUGUGAUGGGUUUGGUAGAGGAAGGCAUUGAAGGCCGGUGUGAGGGUGCGGAAUGUGAGAUGUUGGUGUAUUCGUAGCUCAAAUCGAAUCAAAUUCACCAUAAGUAUGAUUAGAGCCGUUUUAAAGGUUGAACUCUGGAGGACUAAAAAAAAAAAAAAAAAAAAAAAAUGUCAGAUUAGUUUGGAUUGGGAGGAUUCGCCUCUCAGCAUGAAGCACUUAAAAGGAAGCCGAUACAGUUUAAAUGAAAACCAGGUCACAGGACAACUUCUGUUUGGAAUUGGAUAAAGACGACAAAAAAAAAAAAAAAAAAAACGCAAUUCCUACAGGGCUCCGCCGCAUGAUCGGACGUGGUGAGACCACUCGGUGCCGGUGGAGACGCCUCAUGUCACAAAGGAUGGUGUACUCUGACAUGUAUACUGCAGCACUUACUGAUGUUUAGCCUUUCCUUUGUAUGCCACUCUUUGGUAGGUAAUCCAUAUUGGAUAUAACGAUAACGACGAGAGCAGUUUCUUUUUUUUUCUCUCCUUUCUUUUUAAAAGUACAAUGCAAUCCAACUUCCGUCCUGUAUAUUACAGAUUAGAGACGACAAAGCUCCCACUGCUUGUGUCGUCAGGUUACAUUGAAGAACUCCGUCCGAACAGAAAUCAUUCCUACUGCCGGCUCUGAAACAGCGGCCGUUCACUUUGCUUUCGACACACUCUUCUACAAGAGAACUCCUGACGCCCGUCUCUACAAAACAUUAAAAAAAAGAAGAAAAAAAAAAAA